AUGGCCCUUAAAAACAUUUUCAUUGCUAGACACGGGUUUAGAUCGAAUUGGUUGCCUCCUCCGCACCCAGUAAGUCCCACUGGCAUUGACUCAGACUCUCCACUAGCAGAGCAUGGUAUCGAACAAGCCCACCAAUUGGCUUCCUACUUAGUGUCCAUAGAUCCGAAGCCGGAUAUGAUUUUGACAUCUCCAUUUUACCGCUGUAUCGAAACUUCUCAACCCAUUGCAGAGUCAUUGGACAUCGACAUCUGCUUGGAUCGAGGUGUAGGGGAAUGGUACAAGAAAGAUAGACCUACUAUUCCUCAACCUGCCUCUGUCGAUGCUUUGUCAAAAUUCUUUCCAAAACGGCUAAAGACCGAUAUUGCGGAUAUCAGUGGAGUUGUCCCUUCAGCUCUAGGUGAAUCAGAAGAUGAAAUAUUGGCAAGAUGUCAGGAAUUUUGGAGAAACUUUAUACCACAACUGGAGAAAGUCCAGCCUCAGGUAGAAAAUUUGCUCAUUGUAACCCAUGCAGCUACCAAGAUUGCCUUAAUUAUGUCUUUAUUAGGAUACAAUUCAGUAAGAGAUAACUUGAAACCAAAGGAUCGAGUUGACUCUUACGAGACAAUCCAAACUGGGUCAUGUUCUUUAUCCAAGUUGACCCUAAACAGUUCCCAAUGGGAACUCAAGAUGAAUGGAAUGACUGAUUUUUUGACGAAUGGCACAGAAAUGAACUGGAAUUUCACAAGUGGAUUUGAAGCUGGAUCAGAUGAAGAUAUUGCCAGCAGAAAAGCAGCCGCAGAAAAAGCGGAGGCCAAAAAAAAGUUGGAAGAAACUUCGGAUGAUGAGUAUGAAGACGUUUACUUUACCUUGGAACUGCCUUCUUCCAGACAUUCCACUCUUGCAAAUCCCUUUGAUGUGCCAUUGGCUCCAAAAGCAAGGAAAAAGCGAUCAGAGCCAAAGACUGAAAGAGGUGAUCAAGGAGGGGAGGAUGACGACUCAGAAGAAGGUAAGGAGGAUCCUGACGUUGUCUUCCAAAAACAAUUGGAAACCUCCUUGAUGUCCAAUAUUGAGCCAACGUCUGUACUCCAGAUGUCUGGACUGGAAACUUCAAAACCCUUGAUUCAAAUCAAUGAGUCGAUUUUCCAAGGUCGCUGGGUCAAAGUAAACGGAACAGAGAUGAUAUAUGAUGACAGUGGAGAGCUAGUUGCUAAAGUAGAUGACCGCAUCCAAUUGACUGCUGGCAAACUAAAGAGAAAGGAGGAGAAUCCUGAUGUUACGGCAGACCAAGAAAUGUCCGACUUGAGAAUCAAGUCAGAGAAGGGAACGACAUUUUUGAGCGAAGUAUUGAACUUGGCGGAUCAUGUUGAUGAAGAGCAUAGACAGAAUGAAAGAGCCGACACGCCCUGA